GUGAAUCUUGGUUGCCAUCCGCUCCACCAUGCCAAAGGACUCUUUGUCCAACUUCCACCAUCUUGUUUUGCAUUCUUUGUCCUCCUCAUCUCCUCUUUCAUCCUCAUCACAACUAUCCUACAAGUGCAAUCCUCCUUUCUUCGCCUGCUUUGUCUGCCUUCGUUUGAGCGUUUGCUAGUGGCGCACCCUGAUACCCCUCGAGCAUCCUACGCGUUGACCCCGUUCCACCUGAUCCUCACGAGCCCAGGACGAUUUCAGUCAUGAUAUUUCCUGUUCAGAGCACCAUUACCCAGCUAGAAUAAUACGUCAUGUCAUCUCUCAAUUCAACCUUCAACUUGGGUGGCAACACCACGGCCAGCGAGUCCAGGACUGGACAGACUGCGGGUCAGUUUGCCGCCUCCUUAGUUACCUCCAUAGCCAUCUUCGCUAUUGAAGUGGCCCUCUUCCUCCUCAUCAAAGAUCGAUUUGCUCGAAUCUACCAGCCGAGAACAUAUCUCGUACCAGAAAGAGAGCGGACAAUCCCAACACCCCCUGGCUGGUGGAAGUGGAUCAAACCAGUCUUCGUCACCUCGAAUUCCGAAUUCGUGCAGAAGUGCGGUUUGGACGCAUACUUCUUCCUGCGCUACCUCCGCACGUUACUCAAGAUCUUCAUUCCUGCGACAUUGGUCAUAUUACCCAUCCUCAUCCCCUUGAAUGUAGUCGGUGGAAGAGGUGCAGACUUUGCCACGGGAAAGCACGAGAAUGCCUCCAACGUCACUGGUCUGGAUCAGCUUGCUUGGGGAAACGUGGCCCCCGAUCAUACUGGGCGUUACUGGGCACACUGGCUUCUUGCCUUGGCCCUGAUAGUCUGGGUCUGUUAUGUUGCAUAUGACGAGCUACGAUGCUAUAUUCGUAUGCGGCAAGCGUACCUGACAUCACCUCAACAUCGACUGCGAGCAUCGGCCACCACCGUUCUCGUGAGUUCAAUUCCUCAGAAAUGGUGCUCCGUCGAAGCACUUGAUGGACUGUACGACGUGUUCCCUGGCGGUCUCAGGAACAUCUGGAUCAACAGAAAUUUCGAUGAACUGAGCGCCAAAAUCAAGCAAAGAGACGACCUUGCUGCUACACUCGAAGCUGCUGAGACUGAUCUCAUCAAAAAGUGUUUCAAGAAAAAUGAAGAAAAUAUCAAGAAAGCCGAGAAGGAAUCGGGCAAAAAGAUUUCGAAGCGGGAAAAGAAUCUUCGAACCACCAUCAGAAACGAAGCUGGUGACCAGGCUGCCCAUGGUCAUGGUGUUAGCUCAGGCAACCCUCAUCAGGUCAACCACAAUCUUCGUGAUGCACUCGAUGGUAACGAUGAUCGGUCUUCAUCGUCUAGCGACGACGAAGAGAUCGACGAAGAGAGAAAACAAAACAAGAAACCCGCAUUACCAAUCCCUGUGCUAGGCGAAAGUAUCACGGCGGUUACACAUGGUUUGGAUACCAUCGGAAAUAGAAUUAUGGGUGGCAUCCGGGGUGUCAAUAAAGGAGUCAACGAUACCAUCAAUACUACUAAUGGAUUCGUGGCUUCGGGCGCAGACCAGGGCCGAUCCUCUGGCGACAAGUCAUGCGACGAGCAAGAGAAGUUCGAGUCCGAUGAUUACGCGCGGAAUGCUUUACAUCAACAGAAAUCGCGUGAUGCUCAUGACGCAUCAACAAUCAGGCAGAUCACAGCUGAAAAUCGUGGACGCUCACUGGAAAAAUCUGGGAAGCGCGAGUUGCCGUCCAGCCCAAUCUCUCAAUCUAGUACAAUGAGAGACGAGAAGACCAAGUCCCAGAAGCCGCUCACCAAUAUCGAGAAGUUCAUGAAACACGUUGGACUAGGGCCAGAUGAAAAGGAACCAGUUGACUACCCAUCUGCUUUCGAGUGGAACUUCGAACACGAUCCCGAUGACGCACUCUGGCGACGGUAUCUGGAAGAAAAAGAUCGCGACACCAUGAGAUUGCCAAUUUUCGGUUGGCAGUGGAUGCCUUCGCUACCCUUGAUCGGUGAAAAGGUCGACACCAUCCGCUAUUGCCGCAAAGAAGUAGCUAGGCUCAACGUCGAGAUUGAAGACGACCAGGCACAUCCCGAGCGAUUUCCUCUGAUGAAUUCCGCAUUCAUUCAAUUCAACCAUCAGGUGGCGGCCCACAUGGCGUGUCAAACUGUCAGUCAUCACAUUCCAAAGCACAUGGCUCCUCGCAUGGUCGAGAUCGAUCCCAACGAUGUCAUUUGGGAUAACAUGUCUAUUCCGUGGUGGCAAAACUAUAUCCGAACUGGCGGUAUCAUCGCCGUCGUCUCUGGAAUGAUCAUCCUUUGGGCCAUCCCAGUUGCUUUUACGUCCGCUCUUUCGCAGCUAGAUGUCGCUGCGAAGACUUGGUCUUGGCUCCACUGGGUGCUGAAGAUUCCCGCAUGGUUCAGAAGUGUCAUUCAGGGUGUCCUUCCUCCCGCUCUUCUCGGUCUGCUCACGUUCCUGCUGCCCCUGAUCCUUCGAUUUCUUUGCAAAGUACAAGGAAUCCAGUCUGGAAUGUUGGUGGAGAUCUCUGUUCAGCGGUACUACUUUGCCUUUCUUUUCGUUCAACUGUUCUUGGUCGUGUCGAUCGCGUCUGCGCUGACACAAUUCUUCGCGCUGUUCACCAGCUUCGAUGGAUUCACGAAUAUUCCUGCGCUAUUAGGCACGAACAUCCCCAAGGCAAGCAACUACUUCUUCUCCUACAUGCUCCUGCAAGCACUGUCGGUGAGCGCGGGAGCUCUGGUACAAGUCGGGUCACUUAUUGGGUGGUUCAUCCUGGCUCCUCUCUUCGACAGCACGGCUCGUGCCAAGUUCAAACGACAAACGCAAUUAUCCAAUGUUCAAUGGGGCACUUUCUUCCCUGUGUACACCAACUUGGCUUGCAUCGGUUUGAUUUAUUCAGUCAUCUCACCACUUAUCCUCCUUUUCAACAUCAUCACAUUCUCCCUUUUCUGGUUCGUAUAUCGCUACAACACGCUGUACGUGACGCGGUUUACUCGCGACACGGGCGGUCUACUGUAUCCGAACGCCAUCAAUACCACCUUCGUGGGGUUAUAUGUCAUGGAAAUCGCGUUGAUCGGCAUGUUUUUCUUGGUCAGAGAUACGGCCGGUAAUGUCGCCUGCACGGGACAAGCAAUCGGUAUGAUUGUGAUCCUUAUCUUGACUGCAGGGUAUCAAAUCCUUCUCAACGAAGCCUUCAGUCCGUUGUUCCGAUAUCUGCCCAUCACUCUUGAGGACGAUGCGGUUCGAAGAGACCAGGAAUUCGCCAGAAUCAUGCGAAACAAGCAGGGCUUAAUUGAAGACGAAAAUCAGAUCGAGUCUCUUGAAGAUCAGCUGGAGCGUAAGGAGCGCCAGGAAUUGGAAGAUGAUCGACACGAACAAGAGUACGAGCUUCAACGUAUCAAGGUCGACAAAGAAGCGCGGCUUAAGAGGCAAAGCACAAAACAGUUGGAACUCGACCCUUCUGAAUAUCAGAACCCUGAGAUCGUUAUGAGCCUGGACCAGCAGAGUAGAAGCGUUCGCAUGGCUAAAUCUGUGACUCACAAAGCGACCAAUACCACUAAACAUCUGGUGGCACGCAAUCUGUCGACGAAAGAAAAACGCAAAUCAUGGGCCGACCGAGACAAUACUGCGAAUCGGAGAGCAUCCAAUUUUGGCGAGUGGACUGAAACUCCCUCACAGAGUCGUAGCAGGGCUCCCUCGGAAGUACCUCACGAUCGCAAACCACACAAAAGGCGCGUGUCACCUCCUCGAGAUGUAUUCAAUAAAUUGAACAAUUUCAAUCCAAUCACUGGAAAUGAAAAGGACGUCGAAGCACAGCAAGCUGCACGGAAUGAACUUGCCGAUGCGCUAUUUGCAGGCGUCAGCGACGAAUUGGAAGAUUUGACACCCGAGGAACGUGAUCGAUUGGUCCAGAGAGCUUUCCAACACAGUGCACUUCGAGCGCGACGACCUGUGAUCUGGAUCCCACGCGAUGAACUCGGUGUUAGUGAUGAUGAAGUGCAUCGUAUGGGAAGCUUCAGCUCUCAUAUCUGGGUCAGCAAUGUCAGACAGGGACUCGAUUCGAAGGGCCGAUGCGUUUACAGUGGCGCACCGCCUGAUUUCAGCGAGCUUGAUCUUAUUCAGUUGUAGAAGCAGUCAACAUUAGCCCAGAGCCAAUAGCUCGAGACCAGCCAGACGCAAGUCUAGAUACUAUUGAAUAGUAUAUUAAUGUCCUUAUGACUUAUGUUAUUGUAUAUACUGUAAGAUGAAUGAUGAACCAUUGAG